UUGAAUACUGGAAGUAGAUGUGUUGAAGCAGAAUACUGAUUUGUCCACAGGCUUCAUAUCCACUGAUUCCUCGUGAUGGAGUGGGGGUUGCACACUCUUGCAAAAGUGUUGAACCUUCAGAUUUUAGGAACUAGUGGAUCUUUGAUAUAUAUCAAAGAACAUUCUGUUGUGGAUCCAGUGGUAAAGAAAAUGGAAUUUUGUGCCGCUUACAUCACAUUCACAAAUUUAAUGUCAGUUAAUGCAAGGUUGGUAGAUGCUCCUCGUCCAGAGAAUCCUGGAAUGACCGUGCUGAUGCAAGAAGCUAUCGCCACUGUGAAAGGAAUUAGCCGAGGGAGGCAUAUGGGAAGUUUAAAGACAAACACUAUGUCAUCUGAUCCAAAGAAUGGUCAAGGUGCCUUGGAAGCGGUGAUCAGCAGACUUCCUGCAGAGUGGGUGGGCCUGUGAGAGUCUGUGGAACACAGUGCAUAUUCAGAGGGCCAAGAACACGGAAAACACAGAACUUAAGAAGCACCGUCUACCAGAUGAAAAAAUGUUCAAAAUCAUUAGCCAUCAGGGAAAUUCAAAUCAAAACCACACUGAGAUACCACCUUACGCCAGUUAGAAUGGCAAAAAUACACAAGGCAAGAAACA